UAAUUUUAAAGCCUCAGGUUUUAUGUAACCACUUUUUGGUGAGGAUUGAGCCUGGCCAUUUACGCAAGCGUAGAUCUCGCUUGUGGACAUACGGAGGCAAUUGUCCGAAUCUCUGUGUAAUGACUUGACUUUGCCCACUGAAAACACUCUUAUCUCUUCUCUGUCAUUUACCAUUCGCAUCUCUCAAUAAUCUCAAAGGUGUGCCAAUAAAACCGGAAUCAGAACAAGUCAAAAGUGCUGUAGAGAAUAGACGCCACGCUGGUGGGCUAUUAUUGGCUUAUAAUUUCUUGAAAAGCAUUGACACAGUCACGACAUGUCUGAACGCGAAUCUUUGAAGCGGAGCGCAUCCAGCGAGCGUCGUCGCGUAAAGCAUGAUCAAUCGAAGGAACAUGAUACCAAGUCAUCUUCUCCCCAGCCUUCUCCUUCAUGGAACAUUGACAGAGGGAGAUCAAGAGUACGGCGGCCAUCCAACUCUUUCGCUGAUCAAAGCCUUCGACGCAGAGGCUACCACACUCUUCAAUCAUCCUUUGGGAAGACGUUCCAUGUUGAGAAGAGAUGGAAGCUGGUGCGGGAAAUGGGCUCUGGUGCUUAUGGUGUGGUUAUUUCAGCAGCAGACGAAAUCUCUGGGGAAACGGUGGCUAUUAAACUCGUUACGAGAGUUUUCGAAAAAGUCCAACUUGCCAAACGAGCUUUGAGGGAAAUCGUGUUACUUCGGCAUUUUGCAAGUCAUGAAAACAUAACCGGUCUCAUCGAUGUUGACGCGAUUUCCCCUGACUUUGAUGAAAUGUAUAUUUUCAUGGAGCCUAUGGAAGCUGACCUUCAUCAAAUAAUCAAGUCCGGACAACACUUGACCAGUGAGCACGUUCAGUAUUUCCUGUAUCAAAUCCUUCGAGGUAUGAAAUAUGUACAUUCGGCGCAUGUCAUACAUCGAGAUCUCAAGCCUGGAAAUCUGCUGGUGAAUGCCGACUGUGAGCUGAAGAUAUGUGAUUUUGGUCUCAGCAGAGGAUUCGACGCUGAGCCGGAUGAGAAUGCUAGCCACCUCACUGAAUAUGUUGCAACGAGGUGGUAUCGUGCACCAGAGAUUAUGUUAGCUUUCAGACGUUAUAAUACUGCCAUCGACGUCUGGUCAAUUGGUUGCAUUUUUGCCGAACUUUUAAUGGGUAAACCAUUAUUCAAGGGAAAGGACGCAGUUGACCAACUCAAUAAGAUUCUCAAUGUGCUCGGUACGCCUGAAGAUGCCGUGAUAAAAAAGAUCGGCAGUGAGAAGGCUCAGGCGUACGUGAGGUCGCUUCCGUUGAAGAGGAUGGUGCCGUUGAAAAAGGUCAUCCCCCACGCUGACAUUCAAGCCCUUGACCUUUUGAAACGAAUGCUUAGCUUCGAUCCUGACGAACGAAUCACGGUUUUCGAGGCUCUUGAACAUCCCUGGCUGGCCUCUUAUCAUGACGUCACCGAUGAACCUGAAUGCAAACAACCUUUCGACGCGUGGCGAUAUAUUGAGACUCUGGAAACAAUGGAUGAUUUUCGAAAUGCCUUAUGGAAAGAAAUACAAGAAUAUCGUCAGGAGGUCCGCGGUGUCAACGAUCUAUCGGGAAUGCCAAUACGAACAGUAAGCGGCAGUCGAGGAACAGAUGUCGAAAAGCGAGUAAGUGGAGUCCACGAACAUCCGGAACAUCCGGAAGCCGAAAUAAUUGUCGAAGAGGCCGCUUCGGAGGGGCAGCCUACGACUUUGACUGAGGAGCCUGACGAACUGGAACCAGAAGCUGCGAAAUUGGCCACGGAAGACAGUUAUCUUCCACCUCCCCCAUCAUCACAGAACAAUCGUUGGUCCGCUCCUGUCACACCUACAGAUCCAGUAGUGACUUACGCAAGGAGAUCAAGUAUCAUGCAAGCACCAAGGCAAGGAUCGACAUUCAACACACCGUUCCCCUCUUCGCAGCAUAUACCUUCUUACAGUGAGAGUUCAACCGUAUCAUCUAGUGUUGCAUUCCCUUCUCGUGGCGAAGGAUACGUUCUUCCUGCCCGUUCUCGAACCGGCUCGAUAGCGGGUGGUGAGGUUACUCGUAGGCUAUUGCGCACUCUAUCUACAGUGUCUAUCUAUGAGAGUGGUGAGGGAUUAGCUGGUGGACUGGCAGAUCUCGCUCCAAUUGGCAGGUAUAUUGUGGAUAGACAGACCACAGAAGCUGAUGCUCCCGCGUCGGAGAUGCCUCGGGAAUUUGGCAUCAACGAAGCUGACGAAGACGCCUGGGAUGAAAAGGUUAGGAAGCGAGAGAGAAAAGAAGGCAAAUUCUUCGUCGGUGACGGUCAAAAGCCGACGUCCAGUAGCCAAAAUCCUACGCCAAAUCUCACGGCAUCUCGCUCGCAUUCACAGGUACUAACAUUUUUACUGUUUCAAUUGAUACUAAAAUUGCUGUCAUCUCAGAGCGCAUUGGACGCUUCUCCUGAGCCUAGCAGAUCUGGCGGGAAUGAGCUGCAUUCUCCUACUCAUUCACCUAAAGAAAAAAAAGCUCCUGUAGUGAAAAAGCUUUCUGUACAAUCUCUUGAGCAGGCGCUGGCCGAGGCUGCGACUGACGAGCAGCCAAAAAGUGGAGAAGCCUCUACUUCGCGGCGGAGAUUUUUAAUUGAAUGAAGAACAUUUGAGAGACGUCCUGUACACUCUGUACAGGUUUGUCUGGGGGGUUUCAGUAAAAAGCGACGAUUUUCGUUAAAUUUAGAUUAGCUAAGGAGUACAAAAUACAAAUGACAGUAUGGAUACAUGAGAGGAAUCUCCACACAUCUAAAUCGUAUUAUUUUCGG